CGGUGGCGGUGGCGGCGACGGGGCCCAACGGCGAGAAGCGGUCGGAAAAAUGGCGUCCGAUAACGAAGCCUCUUGCGCGAGUGACCCAAAUUUCGCGGUGAUCUGCUCGUUCCUUGGCUGCUUCGGCAAGUCCUGCGGCAUCGUUUAUCCGGACAUCGCGCGACUCCAGGAUAUGCUCGAGAACACGCAGGAAGUGUCACGAGAAUUAAUAGACCUGCACAUCAAGUUGUUACGUAAAACACGUAAAAGUGUGUCACCGGAGAAAUGGGAACGGGCACUAGUCAAGUUUUGCCACACGUACUCUAAUCAGGAUGGAUGGGAACUUGAACGCUUUGGUUAUAAAAAGGCUCGCAUUGCUGUUAAACUGCGUUUACUUAAAGUACUAUUGGAAACGCAGUUUGAUUUAAAUCAAAAAUUUAAGAAUGAAGUGAACAAAUUGGCAGCUGAUGAAUUGCGCGUGGAACCAUUAGGAAGGGACAAAAGUGGAUUAGCAUAUUGGUGUCAGUUAGACGAGGAGUGCAACAUAAGAGUUUAUAGGGAAGAUUUAGACGAAGAGAAUUGGGAACUAGUAGCUCAGGAUCGAGAAGGUGUUGUUAGUCUCAUAAACACCUUGUCGAAUGGCGAAGCCGGAGCUAUACCAAUUAAUGAGGAUAGCAACAGUUUAGAAAUCUCUGAAAAACCUAUAAUAGACACUGGUCAAGUAACGACAUCACCAAGUUUGGAGGACGAAGUUGUGCAAGAGAAUGGCAUUCACACAAAUGAGAUGAAUGGUAAACAGUUACCCAACGGUAGGAGUGACGAGUUUGAGGAUGAACAAGAACAUGAUCAGGAUCAGGAUCAGGAUCAGGAUCAGGAUCAGGAUCAGGAUGAUACUAAUGAAGUUGAAAAUGAUGAGGAAGAAGAUAUUGAUGCGGAAGAGGAGGAUAUGACAAACGACGAAAGUUCCAAGCAAAUUACAGAGGAAGACGAUUCUCAAGAAAUGGUACAAACUUCGAGCAUAGAAUCAAGAUGUAUGAAUACUUCGUCUACAUUAUCAGCGUCUAAUUUGAAAACGCUAAACAUGAAGGUGAAUGUAAUAUCGGAAGAAGUAAGCCGCAGAGAGGCUACCGACGUAACAUCCGAUUCUUUAACAUCGGAGAGUAAAUCCGCGAUUAUACAUAAACAGACUGCACCUACAGUAACAGAUAACGUGAAAUUCGAGGUUGAAGAAUCGGCACCAUUAAAAUCGAUAGAAACGCCUGUUAUUACUUCGUCUCCACUGAAGCUAGUGAAUAUUUCGGAGUUAAAACAAAUGCCAGAAGAAAAAUUACUAAGUCCAACAACACCUGUCACGGCAUCAUUAAAUGCAGCGAAAAAAUAUGGUAUUUCCGACGAGAUAACAGAUCCUGUUAUGAAAUCGCUCGAGAAAUUAUCUGGCAAAAGUAACUUGCCUUUUUCCUCUACAGAUUCUAUUUCUAUGGCACACAGCAAACUAUCUAUCAAGCCAAUAGAUCAACUGGCUGCGAAUCUUGUGAGGAUACAAUCAGAAAAACUGGAGAAGCCAAGCGGACCAAAAUCAUUGGAAAAGAUAGCGGAAUCUCUCGCAAGAUCCGGUGGUAUAUUGGGAAAUACCGCGAAUGGAGAGGACGAUAGGUUGCCGCAAGAUUUUUGCUCAAGAAAUCAAUCUGAAAAAUCAACUCUUAGAGGUCACAGAGGCAUAGACUUGUCGACAUCACCGCGUGGUUGGGAGAGCGCAAACGAGCAAAACAGACCGAUGGAUUUUUCCGGAAUCGAUCUUUCUAGUCGAAAAGGGAAGACGAUGGAUCUGCCUUCCCCGGGCUACAGAACGCAAGAUUUUCAACAUCGAGAGAUGGAUUUGAGCACAAAGAAGCUAAACAAACCGGAAGUACCGAAUUUGCCGUACGACGCACAUAGCGUGAUGAUGCGUAACCACGCGAGGUUGGCUGAUUUGAGCAAACGGCAAAUGCCAUUCACUGCGUACGAGAUGUCAUCGACGCCGUAUCACAAUACAGCUAGAUUACCUGUCAAGGACGAGCAUAGAUUACCGAGCUACACGAUACUUCCCGAUCAUAGCAAGAUCACUUCCUUGAGGAUGAACACCAUGCCAUUGAAACGUCCCCUAGAAGGUGACGAUGUGCAGCAAGAUAUGCUGAAGAGGAUAAGAGCGGACGUAAUUCCAAUCAGAGGCUCCAUAGAUAAGAGACCAAUGAUAAGCGGCAAUUGGAGGGAUGAAAUGAGCGAGGCUAUCGAGGAACCUAUGAUGAUGGUACAAGGUGAAGGAUCUGGUAGCGAUUGUGAUGCGGUGAAUCCUAUUGUCGGAGAAGCUGUGGAAGAACCAACUAUUUUUUUUUACGGCGAGGGCUCCGGCACGGAAUGCGAGACAGGUAAUCCCGGUGACGACACGUCCACUGACAAUAAAGAAAGCAACGAAUCAAAAACUGAACCUGACUCCGCUACCGCGACAUUAUCGCAGAAUAAGGUUUUAACCGAAAACGAGGUGUCUACGGGCUCGAUAGUAUCGAACAAAACCCCUGUAAAAUUAAAUAGAAACUAUCCGCAAUCUAAUAUAAGCGUAAACGAUAAUUGUCAAAUAGUAGAUUCUAUGCAAGAGAAGCCAAAGUUUAAGCAAACGUUGGGCGUCCAAAUAAUACCUAAAAGUACAACUGGUCCCGUCAAAAGGUUAUCUAGGUGGGACGUGGGAAAACCGGAGGAGAAAGCAGAAUGUGACAGUAGUAUCAUAUCACAUGUGGAAGAAGACAUAUCAUUGAAGGAAAAUACAAAUGAUUAUAAAUGUGACGAUGCAGAGCAGAAGCUAUUGAACACGGAUACAGAAUCGAAAAUGGAAGUUUCUGCUGAUGUAAAUCAAGAUGUCAAAACAGAUGACAAACCUGUAAACACGGAAAGUGAAACCACCAUCAAAGACAGUGUUAAAAUGUUCGAUGAAAGUUUAAAGAGUACGAAUACAAAUAUGAGUAUGGAACAGAAAAGUGAUGCUAAACUUCAAGAAUCCAUGCAAUGUGAUUCUUCUAUAUCGUCGUGUCAAGAUAUUUCACAGACGCCCGAAGAAUGUACAAAUUCUGAACUAUCUAUGGUAGAUUCAGCCAAUGUACAAAACGAUUUGAAUAGUGUAGUUUCACGCGAGCCGGAUACUCCUGAAAUAACGGAUAAUGAAUGCAAACCAACAAUUGCCAAUUCUCCACCGAGAUUUUUUUUUGGUCCCAAUUGUAUCUCAUAUACCUCGAAAUCCGAUGAAUUAGAAUCGGAGCAAAGUUUGAUCGCAUCUGCGCAUAGUAAAACGGAUACUGUACAAUAUGAAUGUGUAUCUUCAUCGAAAUUGGUGGACGAUACUGUUUAUCCAUACAAAAAUACGGAAGAUUUUGAGUUGACGCAAACAAACAAUAAUUCGCUAAAGACGGAUCUGUUUACUUCAGAUUCUGACAGUGUUCCAUGCGGAAACAAUAGCGAAGACACGGAAAAAAUUGAAACACCAAGCAACACGUGGGAUCAACAUACAAUUUCAACACUUAAUAGUUCGAUAGAUCCAAGCGAUGUAUCCGAGUGUGAUGUCACUAAUUCAUCUGUCGCUCAAGUUUCGACAGAGACGAAUAAGGAAUCAAGCGUGCAAGAAUCUGUUUGUUCCAGCAAAGAAACGGAAGAAGAUAACUUUUCAAAAAUACAUACGAGUACAGAGGCAGAAAAUGAAAGUAUUAAUGAUAUAAGUAUGAGUGAACAAGAUCCGAUUAAAAUCAGUUCGAUUGAUGAAUCCAGCGUAAUUGGACCAGUAGAAUGUGGAAUUGUUGAACAAUCACAAUGUGAUACAUCUAUUGAUUCUGAAAAAUCUGAAGGCAUAGAAAAAACUCAGGAAAAUAUUUCUUUUGAAAUAUCGGACAAUAUUAUACCGCAAUUGUCGGAUGAUAAAGAAGAUAAAGAUGAAGAACCAAUCGAUGAUUGUAAAAAUGAGUACAAUCAUCAGUCUGUUAAUUCAAACAACUUCAAGGAAGACGAAGGGAAAAUCGAAUCUGUAACAACACCGCAUUCGUCUUCGCUUCUUACUCAAGAUUCACAAAUAGAAUUGACCGAUUUUAAGAAAAUUGAGGAUAACAAUUCUAAUGAAUUAGUAGAUUCCACAAAUGCAACAAGAUUAUCCGAAGAUUACCAGGAAGCAAACAGCCUUCAAAAGAAUGAUCUCGAUUCCGCUGGAGAGAGUUGCGACAAGCAGAGUGAUAAAAAUGAUAAUUUUUCCGAAAUCGACGGUCAGGAAGAUCAUUCGACUGACACGGAUAACGAAAAGAUGAAAGGUCUGAUCGGUUCCGAUGCCGACUCGUUAUGCGUUAAUUACGAUAAAAACAGCGAAAGAACUGAUGCAUUAUCUGACAUAGGGAUGCAAGAUGAUGGAUCAGGUGAUUCCGAAGAGAUUAAAGAGAAAGGAUUGAACGAUAUGCAAGUUAACGAUACUGUGUUUGAUAUGGAUUCUGUGACCGUUUCGGAGUCUCUUAAAGAAAAUGCUAAACACGAUUUAGUUCCUACCAUAAGCAGUUCGGAUGAUGUAUCUGUGCAGGACUCCUCGUCUCAACAGAGUGGACCUGUGCAAAUAGACAGCGAAAAAGUUGAAAAUACAUUGUCUGUUAUCGAUAAACCUUCUACAUUCAACCAGAACAUUUUACCAGAAAUAAUGCCUGAAACAAAUAUUCUUGAAUUGCCCAAGUCGGAUAUUGUCGAAACUACGAAAGGAACGAACUUGUCUAACAUAGUUCAGGCUACAAGCGAAUAUGUUGAUGAUGUUUCUGAGAACCUCAGUUCUUGCAUCGAUCAAGAUUCGAAUGAAGAGAUGGUUAUAGAUGAUCGUAUAUCGGAAUCUAAUGAAUCGUUUAAAGAAACUGAGGAAGUUACAAUGAAUGAUGGACAACCGGAGGAUGCAGUGCAAGAAGCAACGAUGGAUCCUGAAAAAGAAACUCCAGUUAUUGCAAAUAUUGAACAAGAAUCUUGUCAGAUUGCGACAGAAACUGAAACCUCAGAGAAAGAGAAGUCUGAAGCUGACGUAGAAAGCAAAAAUGAUAAAGAAUUUGCCGAAGAUGAUGAGAGUAAAAUCUACAAUACUGAUAAACGAGAUACGAUAGUAGCGGAAGAUAUUUGUGACGUCAGCAAAAGUAAAGAAAUUGUCGAAAGCAUAGAAGAAUCAGAGAUAAAUACGACAGUUGCAAUUACUGAAUUAUCGAAUGUACAUUCAAUAAAUGUAAUUUCUCAAGACUCACAACAGGAGAUAACAAAUGAGAAUAAACAACCGCUAGUUGCGAAUUACGACAGUGAUUCCAAUGAUGAUGGUAGCGAUAAUGUUUUCGAACCUGAUGUGGCGCAAAGUGAUUCGAAGGAUGAUGUUGCUGUCUCGAUGGAACGAAAAAUUAGUGAAGAGUUGCACGAAAAAUCAUCUGUCCAAAAAGAUGACACCAACAACGUAAAUUUAGUCUCCGAUGCGUCUCAAAAGGAACCAUCUGAACAGCAAGCGGAGAAACCUUCAGAAACGAAAAUGAAUGAAAUAUUAAAUGAAGAUAUUACAAACGUUAGUGAGCAAAAAUGUGUUGUCGAGACAAAUGUUAUAUCUGCUUGCAAUAUUGAUAGUAAUAUUGAAGAUUGUUUGAAUGAUGAAUCGACAAUGCCUUUAAAUAAAGAUGAAUUUCAAGAAAAAACAGACAUUCGUAAUGUUACUGACAAUAUUAAAACAUUGGAAGUAUCAGAUGCAACGAAACUAUUAGUUACUCCAGUCAUGACUGAAGAAAUAAUUGAGCCUCUUCUGAACAAGAGUUUUGAAAUGAGCCAUAGUGAAAAAAAUAAAGAACAUUUUAAUAAUUUGAUCGACAAUAUGAAAACAGUACAAGACUGUCAAGAGACUGUUGAUGAAAUAACGGAAAAAGGGGAAUGUUUGACAUCCGAGAAUGUUUGCAAUUUCGACAGAAACGACGCGAAUAAAUUUGCAAAAUCUUCAUUUGCCCAAGAAAGUAUGGAAAUUAACGCUCUGGAUAACCAAGUGACUAACAUAUUUGAUGUAAAGGAGCAGCAUAUGAGGGAUAUUGAUGAAAAAAUGAAUGUCAAUUUAGAUACAGAAAAUAUCGUAAGGCUGAAGAAUGUAAAUGAACACAUUGCUGAAGAACUGCCUAUUCCAUGUAAAAGAUUUAAAGAGGAUCUAACGGAUUAUGCUAAAGACAAUAAAUGGGAUGUAAAAUUGCAAGAAGAAUGUUUAACUAAACCAUUCGUGGAAGAGAUGAGUUUACCACCGAUUCAAACAGAAUCGGAUAUAGUGCCAGCGAAAUUGGAUAAUACUUUAACUGCGGAUAAAUCGUAUCUUGAAGAUCCGAAAUUAGAAGAAAGCAUAUCUUCAAACACUUUAUAUUAUCCAAAUUCGAUGUCUACGAAGAUGGAAAAUGUUAAUAACUUGGAUAGUAGCAAUCAAAAUGAGCCUUUUAGUGUAAAUCUGAAUGUAAAUAAAAGUACAGAGAAUUUCAGUGCGCCUUUAAAUACGAAAGAUGAAUCGAUGAUAUUUUUUGCUCAAGAGACUAUCUCAGAAGUUAACGCUGUAAAAUCUGAUAUCAAGAAAGAAGCUAGCAAAAGAUUGAGCGAUUCUUCGGACACGGAAGAUGUUCCUCCAUUAAAGUCUAAGCCACCAUAUUUUGAAACUGACGAUAAGAUGUUUGAAAAUUUAGUAAGUACCGAGGUGCAACCGCUUAAGAAUUUAGAUACGUUGAAUGAGAUGGAAACCUUAAAACCACAAAUCAAAGACGAAGCGAAAACAUCGGCAAUCUCUACGACACAAUUGUUUCAAAACGAUUUUAGUAUGAUUAACGAUUCCACGACUGCUACAGCGAUAGAGGAUUCCAAAAUCGAUUUAGAAGAAAGAAAAGAACCAUCUUUAGAAAUUCAAAAUAUCGAGAUGAAGCCUGCUUCUGUAGCUUCUGUAGCUUCUGAUAGCGAUUCAACAGGCAUGGAUAACGAGGGCGGUUUUAACGUACCAUCAGAAGAAGUUGAUCCUUUAGCAUGUAACGAGGAUGACCCUUUAAAGAAUAUUACCGAGGAUGAUGCUUUAAGAAAUAUUACAGAGGAUGAUGAUGUUUCUAAGAUAAGUAUCCGUAUAAAGCCGGUAUCAGAAAUAGUUUACGAGGGAUGGAAAUUAGACAGCACUACGGAAACGCCGAAGAUUUCGCGAAAACGACGAAAUAGUGCUCACGAAUCAAAUUCUGAAGACGGAGCUACAAAGGAAGAUGAAGAAAUGAUGGGCGGCAAGAGGAUGAAAUUACGCGCAAAACGUAUAUCCGAUAAGGAAUUACGAAAGUCCAUCGAGGAGAGCCGCGAGAUAACAGUGAGCUCUGAGGACGAGGCUGUAAAAUGUGAUCCUGAUGUAGUGGAGCUCGCGACUAAAGAUGGCAGUGAUGAUCCAAAUAUUAUGCAAUCGGUGCCGAUUGAUAAAAAGAUCAGGGGUCGUCCUAGAGGCAAACGAAGGCGUGGUUGUCGAGGAGGUGGACGUCCUAAUCGGUCGAAACUUGCGGAAUUUCAGGGCGAUCAAAUGUCCGAAAUUUCGCCUGGUGCUCAUCCCGAUGGGACUUCCAAUGAUGCUUUAAAUUCAGCACAGAAGAAGCGAAAGAAACGAAAAAUGGUUCUUGGCUUAGAAAUAGGCAGAGAUAUUAAAUUGGAAACGGAAGCAUCAGGACUGGCACAGGAUGAGACGCCUGUUAGGCAAUCAAGAAGAAUAGCACAAUUAAAAAUUAAAGAACAAGCAGAUAGGCGUAGAAUCGAGGAGGAAACUAUGCGUGAUUUGGAAGAGAAAAAAGAAUCAGACAAGAAAAAGAGAAAGAAACAAAAACCGGAAAGCGAAGAGGAUUAUAUAAAAGAGGUUGUCAUAAAAGAAACGGAAAAAGAAAAAAAAUCAAAAAAGAAACGCCGAAAGAGAAAAAAGAAAAAGAUGUUAGCAAAAUUCAAUGAAGCGAAUCCAUGGCAGAGCUCAUCCGGAUCUAGUAGCGACGAAGAAAAUGAGAAUGAGGACGAAGAAGAGGAAGAGGAAGAUAUCGAGAGCGAGGGAUCUUUACUGUUUAAAAGUGAUCACGAAUUUUCUCCGGAAAGCGAUCUCGAAAAAGACCAAGAGUCUGAACCAUUAAGACGCGCUAGAACCGCCCAGAAAGCCCAAAGCGAUGUUGAAGAAGCUGAGGAUGAGUACGCCUGUCAGAAAUGUGGGAAAGCUGAUCAUCCCGAAUGGAUUCUUUUGUGUGAUUCUUGCGAUAAAGGCUGGCAUUGCUCAUGCCUCAGGCCAGCUCUUAUGCUUAUACCUGAAGGCGAUUGGUUUUGUCCACCAUGCCAACAUAAUCUGCUGGUGACUAAGCUACAAGAAACACUGAAGACACUCGAUCAGUUAACAAAGAGACACGAGAAUGAAGUAUUACGGAAGAAACGAUUGGCUUUUGUCGGCAUAAGUCUGGAUAAUGUGCUUCAUAAAGGUGAAGCGCAACGCGUGAAAGGAUCGAAAGCAUCUAGUCAGGAAUCAGAUAAUGAAUCUUCGGACUCCUCUUCGUCAGCCUCUAGUUCCGAAACAUCGAGCAGUGAUGAAAGCGAACCAGUUUAUCAAUUACGUGAACGUCGAUGCGCUAACACCUAUAAGUUUAACGAGUAUGAUGACAUGAUUAACGCCGCGAUUCAAGAUGAAGUUGAAGCGGUUCAAGGAGCUGGUAAUCAGGGAAGGGGUAAGGACAUUGCAACGAUAGUCAACGCGGAAAAAGAAGAGGCUGAGGCCGAAGCGUUAAAAAUGACGCAAUUAGAAGAGGAUAAAGAUGAUAUCGAAUCAAAACCGGAAAAAGAAAGUGACGAGGAAUAUAAAAUCGAGAAUGAAGAUAUGAUUGAUGAAAUGGAAGAGAAACAAAGUGCGGUUGCUAAGAAAUUGUUAGCACGUAAGAAACAUCGAAAAUUAAAUAGCCUCGAUAUAAGUAGCGAAGAUGAUCCAGAUAGUGAUGAAGAUUUCAAAGGUACGAGUUCCGAAGAAGAGGAAGACUUUGAUGAUCAUAUCACUUCAUCUGAUGAUAGUUUUGCUAAUGUAAGGCGACGUGGUAGAAAGGGUGAGCCGCGUCCUGUUAGAAGAUCUACUAGAGCGCGCAGUACUAGGGCUUACGAUGAAGAUUUUAUUAAUGACGAUAGUGACGAGAGUGAUCGGCCAAAGAGAAAGAAAUCACGAUCGAUAUGGGGAGAUUCAGAUAGCGAGGAUAGUGAUAAUUCAUGGAGGCAGAGAAAGAAAAAAAGCAAAACAAUACCAACAUCUAGGAUCAGGACGGUGCCCAAGACAAAGGGCAAAAAGAGGAAAAAGAGAAAACGUAUAAUAGAAUCCGACAAUCAGAGUGAGAACGAUGAAGAAGAUGAACCAAAACUUGAAGAACAGAGUGAACCUAACUUACAAGAUGUAAACACUACUGAGUUGAAUGAAGUGAUGGAUAUUAAUAAAGAAGAGAAUUUUGAAAAUAAUACAGAUAAAAAUAAUAUUGAAAUGAAAGUGGAUGAAUUACAAGAAAUGGCUUCAGAUGUUCCGAUUCCACAGAUUCCACAACCGUCAGAGAUAGUGCCAAUUCAAAAAAUUAAAAAGGAUAUUCUGCCUAAACCAAAAAAAGCCCCAACUAUCAGACGAAAGAUUAUUUAUGGUGGACUUCCAGAUGAAAAUAAACGAGAAGAGGAAGAAAUAUUAGAUAGAAGAACUCGAGGACGAAAAAUUAAUUAUCGAGAGGCAAUGGCAUCAGAUAGUGAGGAGGAACUGAAGAAGGCGUUAAUGAUGAAAAAAACUGGCGAGAGCGAAGAUGAAUUUGUGGUAAAUGAAGCUGAUGACGUAAAUGAUGAUGGAGAGAAAGAUUCCGAUUCAGGAGAUGUUUAUAUUCCGAAGAAGGAUGCUCUAAAAUUUAAAAACAAAUCAUUGAAGACAAAGAAAUCGCGUAAUGGUAAGGGUCUUGCAAUGAAACGAAAAUCAUUGUCAGACGAUAUGCCGAAACAAAGGAAAAAACCUGGACCAAAACCGGGAAGCAAAAACAGAGCUCGUAAACAAAAAUUAAAGGAUGAUGCAGAUGGAGAUAUGAUCGGCGCAGUCAUGGACAAUCCUAUCGGCGAUAUAGCAUCUAAAAUGGACGAGAGUCUUCCGGACAAUGUUGGACUGACAGGUACAACGAUGUCGGUAGCGAGUUCAUUUACUGGAGAUGUUCCCGAGGGAUCUCUGACGAGUCUCGGUGCCGGGGAGUUAGCUGACUUGGAUGAUGAGCAGCUUGAACAGAUGAUGUUGGACGAAGAAUACGGACGACGGCAAUUGGAGCUCGCGGCAAUUGAGAUAGCGAAAAAGAAGAAGAAAGAGGAACGAGAGGCCAAAAAGUUGGAGAAGGCGCGUUUGAAGGCUUUGGAGAUAUUGGCAGCGGAAAGACAGAGAGAUCCCAAUGCGCCCGAAGGGAUGGACGGCGAGGCGCCUAAAAAGAAAAAACGCGGACGUCGCAGCAAAGCUGAAAUAAUUGCUGAGCAAAUGCGCAGAGACAAUGCAUCGAAUCUAGGUAUUGCGCCUACAUCAGUCAUCGGCGGUAUCGGGACACCGGACAGCGUGAGUAAUAUACAAUCGCACAAUCCUGCUGUUUUACCUACAAGCUUGACACCGGAAACUGACAGAAGCGUCGAAGGCGGGCAUAUGCCUCUUAUGACUGGGCCAGACGGACAGCUCUUUAAUCCGGAUGGUACGCCGAUGAGGCCGAAACGAAGAGGUCGUGGCAAAGGCAAGAAAACGCUCGCAUUAGAGGCAGCCAGAGCCGCGGAAGCAGCGGCUAAGGCCGCGGCCGAAGUCGGCUUGAUCGGUAUGGGUACUGAUUCAAACCCGGAAAUGAAACAAAACGAUAUUCCGAAUAUUCUUCCUACACCAGGUAGCAGUACAUCUGGUUCGGCGCCCUCUACACCACCGGCGAGUGCCGUUCCGACACCAGGUCCACCGGCAACACAAUCGUCAAACUCGCAAUCGGUUUAUCCAUCGCUACCAUCCGGCCAACAGUCUUCCGUCAUUACAAGGAUGCUUCAGUCCCAACCAGUAACCAACAGUCCGCAGUCCUUCACCGCAGCAGCGGCCGCGAUGGGCCACAAGUACUUUGGUGGGCCUAAUGUCGGAGGACAAAUAAUGGGCGGUCCGCGAACGGGAUACGAGAUGCAGCCACGCGCCAGGAUUCCAUCACCGUAUAGACAAGCAGGUCAAUCGUCUAUGCCGCCGCAUUUCGCUGCAGUUAGAUCGGGCACGCCACCAAUGCGUAUGCGAGUACCCGGACCGCAGAUGUAUCACACGCCGCACCAUCCACUGGACCCAUCGCCGUCGGGCGGUGGACCGAUCUCGAUCAAUAAUCGAGAUCGCAGUUCACCUUUAACCGGCGGACCGGCGAUGAUUCCACCAUCAGCCGGCAGUCCAUUAGCUAAAGGAGGUCCUACGCCACCGCCCCCGCCAUAUGUACGAGGCGGUCCGCCGAUGGCUAGGUUUGCCGAGAACCCUAUGGGGCCCAGGCAUCAAAUGCCGCCAUUCACUAACGCCUCGCCGGUUAAUCACAAUAUGCAACAACCUUCCCCACCCCCCAAUCGACCACCUGGUAACUUUUCACCGUAUCAUCCGCCUCCGCCUCCCAAUUACCAUUACGGUGCCUAUCCACCACCUCCGCCGAUGUCCACGGCGGACGAUGCAGCCGCCUAUCAAGGAUCGCCGUAUCCCUCGGAGCAUUUCUCCUCGCCGGCAGAUAACCAGCCUCCGAUCCAAGGACCACCACCACCUCAGGCACCGCCACCACCUCAGCAAUCGCAUCCAGGCGACCCCAAUGCCGGUAAUAAGCAGUAUGAUGAAGAGGGCACCGGCGAAUUUGGCGGACUGGUAUCUUAUUUCAGUAGCCAGAGAGAGGACGAUCUCGAUUCGUAGCAUGAAUGAGAGCUUGGCCAAUCCUGAAUCAUUAGGGGGAGCAUGCCCAGAUAAAAUCGCAACUUUUGCCGCAGAGGAAAAAGCGAUAACAUAAACGAAUAUGAUUCUCUAGGAGAUUCGACUUUUGAAGAUACUAGUGCGUGUGUCGCGCAAAACAUAGAACUAGAGUCUUCCUCUAGAGACACCUCUAAAGCAAACAGUUGUUCUGUGUAGUUUUUGCACUUCUUACGGAAAAAAUGUCACUGAAGACAAAUCCGAGAUUGGCCAAGUAUAGCGUGAGCGGAAAGAUAAAUCAGAACGACAGGGCGGAGCCUAUUUUUUAAGAGUUGUAAGUUUUUCUGUAAUUAGCUUUCAGUUUAAUUGGAUUUAUAUACGACGAUGUGCGAUUGCGUGAGAACUCUAAGAUAAUGGAGAUGCAACGGUCGUUUUAUCUAGGAGAUAACGAAAUGAAAGAUUUGGCCAGAAUCAUUUUUCAUCAUUAUUUAUUGUUGUAAUCCGUCAGUGGAAAUUCACGAGCAAAGUUAUUCCUUAAAAAGUUAAAAACAAGAGUAGAGAGUAUCCGUGUGAUCGUAUGUUCCGUGAAGGAGAAGACGAAAAAUUGACCUUUAAUAAUGAUGAAAAAGGAAAAUUGAAAAAUCGAAUGGCUAGAAUGACGUACCGUUGUUAAACAUGUACAUAUGUAAAUAAUAUAUAAGUCGUUUAGAGAAGGAUUAUAUAUGUAUUAUAUAUAAACAUACACAGAGAGAAAGAGAG